AUGGGUACUGGGAAAAAGGAAGCGACCAGGCGUGUCCGCCAGGGCAAAACUGGCGAUGGCCUUGGUAAUGUGCGCGUGAAAGGCGAGAACUUUUAUCGUGAUGCGAAAAAGGUCAAGACCCUGAACAUGUACAAAGAUGGAAAGGUGCAGAGAAAUGCAGAUGGUCAGAUAACCAAGGCUGCCUCGUUCCAAUCCCGAGAAGUACCCAAUGCUCGGAUCGAGCCUAAUCGGAAGUGGUUUUCGAACACUCGAGUUGUCUCGCAAUCCACUCUCGAAGCUUUCCGCGAAGCUGUGGCAGAGAAAGCCAAUGACCCCUACCAGGUCCUCCUCAAAACAAACAAGAUACCCAUGAGCCUCAUCCGUGAUGGCCAGAGCACGAACGGCAUCAAACAGCACAAUGCUAAAAUGACCGUAGAGAGCUCACCCUUUUCCGAAGUUUUUGGUCCUAGGGCGCAACGUAAACGAGUCAAGUUAUGCGUAAGCUCUCUCACGGAUCUUGUCGGAGACACAGAAAAGAGCAUGGACACAUACACAGAUCGUCUUGAGCAAGCAAGGCUGCUCAGCGGCGCGUCGGGCCAAGAUGCCGACGACGGGGAAAGACAAGUUUCGACGGCUAUUGAACCCGUUUUCGACAAGGGCCAGAGCAAGAGGAUAUGGAACGAGCUUUACAAAGUUAUUGACUCGUCGGAUGUCGUCAUUCACGUCCUCGAUGCCAGAGAUCCCGUGGGAACGCGCUGCAGAAGCGUUGAAAAGUAUCUGAAGGAUGAGGCACCACACAAGCAUCUGAUUUUCGUUCUGAACAAGUGCGACUUGGUCCCGACGAGAGUUGCGGCCGGGUGGGUGCGCAGCUUGUCCAAGGAAUAUCCAACCUUGGCUUUCCACGCCAGCAUCACCAACUCAUUCGGUAAGGGGUCAUUGAUCCAGCUACUCCGACAGUUCUCCAGUCUCCACUCGGACAGGAAACAAAUAUCGGUGGGAUUGAUUGGUGGCCCGAACACGGGGAAGUCAUCGAUCAUCAACACGUUGUUGAAGAAGAAGGUCUGCACCGUGGCUCCCAUCCCGGGCGAGACCAAGGUAUGGCAGUACGUCAGCCUGAUGAAGCGUAUAUACCUCAUCGACUGUCCCGGCGUAGUACCUCCAUCCAGCACGGACACGCCGACGGACUUGAUACUUCGCGGCGUCGUUCGAGUGGAAAAGGUGGACCAGCCCGAACAGUACAUCCCAGCCAUCUUGAGUCGGGUGAAGCGAAGCCAUAUGGAGAAGACGUACGACCUUCGGGGCUGGGAGACCAGCACCGAGCUCCUCGACCUGCUGGCAAGGAAGAGCGGCCGCCUGCUCCGUGGUGGCGAGCCCGACUUGGACGGCGUGGCGAAGAUGAUGCUGAACGACUUCAUGCGAGGCAGGAUUCCAUGGUUCACCCCUGCUCCGGCAGCAGAGGACGACGAUGAGAGCGUGCGCGGUCGGAGCGGCAAGCUAGGCGAGAUGCCUAGGAAACGAAGUCAAGAGGAGGUGGUGGACGAAGAUGACACAACCGAAGCGGUCAGCGACGAGGGAGGGUGUGCGGGUGACAACGAAGAAGGUGAUUUUGAGGGCUUUGGAAGCGAUACCGAAAGGGCGCAGACGGAUAAACGAUUCUCGGCCGCCAAGACUGGUACGUCUUGCGAUGAGAAACGAGACUCGAAACAAGAGGGGCUCUCCUCCGGCCCUGGGAAUGACACAGACGGUAAGCACGGUGCUGUGCGGCCAGGUAAACGGCGGAAACAAUAA